ACUACGUUAGGCGAGCAGUCGCGACAACAUGGAGGCCAGUGGCAAGUCUGCUCUCGAACUGUGAGAGAGUCCGGGAGCAGCACAGUAACCGACAGUGCGCGAGUUGAGUGUCGAGUGCAGUGCCGCAGCGAUAAGGAAGGCGGCGUGCCUGCGCAACAACUGUGCGCGCGGCACAUGUCAUCUGCCGCAAGAAGGCUGGUGGUGAGGUCUCCGCUCGCAGCCGUCCCCGCUCCGGUAUCCUAGCAUGCCGCCCCCGCCUCCCACGCCCCUGCCGCCUUGGGCGUGGCUCGCACUGGCCGUCCUCGCGGUCGUACAGGCGGGACCGGUGAUGCCACCGCUGGUGUUCGACGACCCGUGGGACGUGACGGGCGGGCGGCCGAGCUACGGGGUGCUGUCCAACGAUAGCCGGUCGCAGCAGGCGCUGCUGGCGCCGCGCAACGCCACCCACGACCUGCCGCCCACGCCCUCGCCGGAGGACAUCGAGCGCGAGACGCGCCGCCAGUUCGAGAUGAUGAAGAUCAACUACACGCGGCUGCUGCAAGAGCUGGAGGAGGACAUGCAGAGCGGGCGCAACCUGCCACUACCGCGGCUCGUCGACAAGGCGCUGCGCCUCUUCAACCUGCGACAGGUCGUCCAGGAGGUCGAGACGAGCGUCAUGUCCAAGGUCUCCUGCACCGCCUGCAAGGCAGGUGCCGGACUGUUGCAGCACUAUAUCCGUAUGGGUAAAACGAGGGAUGAUAUCGUGAAGAUCACGAACCAGUUCUGCAUCAGCCUGAAAAUACAGACACCGCGCGUCUGCGAGGGCAUCACGGAGCUGUUUGGGGGUGAGGUGGUGUACGUGCUGCAGAGGGUGCAGCUCACGCCGGAGGAGAUCUGCAGCUUCGUGAUCGGCGACGCGUGCGGUGACGUGUACAACCCGUACCACGAGUGGAAGGUCGCCUUUCCGCCAGUCCCCAAACCGCCCGUCACGCCUCUCCCCGUUCCCGUCGCUGGUGCAUCAACAUUUAAGGUACUGCAUUUGUCAGACACUCACUUUGACCCAUACUACCAGGAAGGCACCAAUGCUGACUGCAAUGAACCAUUGUGUUGUCGGCUCACUAAUGGACCUGCACUGAAACCACAAGGUGCUGCAGGACGAUGGGGUGACUACCGAAAGUGUGACACCCCACAUCGCACAGUCGAUAAUAUGCUUCAGCACAUUUCCAGUGCUCAUCCGGACAUUGAUUAUAUACUGUGGACCGGUGAUUUACCUCCUCAUGAUGUUUGGAACCAAACAAGAGAAGAAAAUUUAAUGGUAUUAAAGGAAACUGUCAACCAGUUGUUAAAAACAUUUCCAGGAGUUCCAAUAUUUCCAGCAUUGGGUAAUCAUGAAAGUGCUCCAGUGAAUAGUUUCCCACCACCAUAUGUGCACGAUGAUUUCUCCAUAUCAUGGCUCUAUGAUGAAAUUGACAACCAGUGGCGACAGUGGCUGCCCUCAUCAGUAUCACAUACGGUUCGACGAGGUGCUUUUUACAGUGUGCUAGUACGACCUGGUUUUCGUGUGAUUUCCUUAAAUAUGAACUACUGCAAUAACAAGAAUUGGUGGCUACUACUAAACAGCACUGAUCCUGCAAAAGAGCUGCAAUGGUUCAUUUAUGAGCUACAGAGUGCAGAAUUUAAUGGAGAGAAAGUACAUGUCAUUGGUCAUAUCCCUCCUGGACACAGUGACUGCCUUAAAGUUUGGAGUCGAAAUUAUUAUAAAAUAAUUAAUAGAUAUGAGUCAACAAUAACAGCACAGUUCUUUGGGCACACUCAUUUUGAUGAAUUUGAACUCUUUUAUGAUACAAAUGAACCUGGGCGUCCUACGAGUAUUGCAUAUGUAGGACCGUCAGUGACACCAUAUUAUAAUUUGAAUCCUGGAUACAGAAUAUAUUAUGUUGAUGGUGAUCAUCCAAAAACAACAAGGUCAGUCAUUGACCAUGAAACUUGGGUCAUGAACCUGAAGGAAGCUAACCUCUAUGAUUAUCCAAUAUGGUACAAGCUGUAUAGUACCAGGUCAGCAUAUCAAAUGCCAUCACUAACACCACAAGAAUGGGACAACUUUCUCAAUAAGUUGCCAACAGAUGCUGCUUUGUUUGAUCUCUAUUACAAGCAUUAUUGGAAAAACUCACCUGUGAGGCCAUCAUGUGAUCCAGAAUGCAAGAAACGCAUGGUGUGUGACCUGAAAUCAGGCAGAUCACAUGACCGUCGCAGUUUGUGCCAAGAGCUGGAAAGCCGUAUUGAUUCAACAACAAAAACAGGAUGGCGAGCAUGGCUCUACAAUGGCCUGGCCUUAUCGUGCAAGAUAUUUAAAUUCUUGAAAAGGCUCUUUUGGAAUACCGUAGGUUCAAUAAUUCACUUAUUUACUGUGGGUUAAAUUUUUGAAGAUAUUUAUUUCCAUCUAAUACAGCAUCUUUUUUUUUUAUCUUCCUGAAACAUAUCAUUGACAUCAUGUUUUCAACAACUGCAAUGAAGUUGAAGUCUCCCUGGAGCAAGACAUACUGGUGCUUGAGGUGAUGGUAGAAAUGCUGUUAUGGGUGAAGGAUGUCUGUUAUAAUGGCUAUUCCUUCUCUAGCAUAUCAAAUGCUAGGAUUUGGAUAGAUAAUCAGCAAUUUGCCAACAUUACAAAAAAAUGCAGUGCAAAGGAAGCUCAGUAAAGGUAAACCAUUGGCAGACAAACCUCCAAGCAUUUGUAUCACACAUUUUGCUGUUUCUCAGGGACUACAUAGGAGGUAAUUUGUGAAUAAUCAAAACAUGCCUUUACAGUGAAUGUGCAUUGUGAUGACAGGUGACACAAAUAAAUUCUCUUUGUGAAAGUGUUAUGUUUGUAGCUGAGCUGCAAUCAUCUGUCAGUUAACGUGCAUCUCAAAAAGAAGAUACAUGCGAACACAUUUCUUGUGUUAUUAGUAGGAAAUAAUACUCAUGAACUAAAAUGUGUCAGUGAAACUGCACCAUACAUUUAAUUAGAAAUAUUACAAGUGCAAACAUGAAAGAACUAUUAUUGACAUCGUUCCACAAGGUGGAAGAAGGGAGAACAUUAAAUUGAAGAUUCUUGCACUCAUUUAAGUCAUGCCAAAUGUGUUGCUUGAUUCCUGUAAUUUAGUUAGAAUUUCUUUCACUACUGUAAGAUAUUUUGUCCAAGUGCAUUAAAGGAAAUCAUGCAUUAUAAGGAGCUACUUAGAAGUGUCAUGACAAGAUGCUAUCCCUGUUUUAGCUUUUACUGUUCUUUCUUUUUUUUAAGAAAAUUGAAAUCUGCAGAAUUUUUGACUUAUAAGUAUGACAGGGUCACAUUGUAGAUAUUGUGUCAGGUGACAGAGUAAGCCUCAUAUUUUGUGAUUAGCGAUGUUUCAUUGUUUGAGCUGAAGAAGAGUUUACACGUGGCAGUUACUCCAGCUUGAUAAAUAAGAUGCCUUCAAAAGGCUCUAAUUUAAUACCAUUAUACAGCAUGCCUGUUAUAUCAAAUGAUUUCAUAUGCAUUUCAAUAAUACAGCUGUAUUCUUCCUUAAUUGGUUUUACCAAAUGUGAUGUAACUGUAGGCAGUAAUUUAUGAGAAAGUAUUUGUGUUUUGUGAUUAUUAAGUCAUAAUUCUGUGAUUGUAAUAGAAUUAUUGUGAAGAUCCAAAGAAAAUAUAAAUGUUGUUUAUAUAAAAUGUUUUAAAUGUUGACAUGUGAUUCUUGUUUCUAUGUAUUUUUACAUGUUGUAAAAUAAAGAUGACUACAAGUUUUACUGCA